AGAAACGAACAAUUACCCAUGCAGAGUUCUAGUACACCCAGUACUAGUUAUAAUCUAGUUUACAAUUUUAAAGGUCAUACAAUCUGCACCGAAAUACCCAACUAUGGAAUCAUAAGUCCAGCCGAAAUAGCUUUGUGCAAAUUUCUAGAAAACCCAGAAGAGCAGAUCGUUCUUCUUGACCAAACGGUACUAGAGCUGUAUGCAGGUGCUGGAUUGUUGUCUAUAGUAGCUACAUUGUUGGGUGGCAAAGUAACAGCUAUGGACCGAACAGAAAGCUUGGACAAUCUAAGAAGUAACUUGUCUCGGAAUACAAGAGGUCAUCAGAAGCACGAACCUCAAGUGACAGCACUAACGUCUGACUUGGAACAAAACUUCCCUCGUUCCACGUGUCAUUACGAUUACGUGUUGGCAGCUAGGAUGCUCGACAACCAUGAGUGCUUCACAGAGCUAAUGGUUACCAUGAGACAUUUCUGCCAACCGGGCACAAACCUGAUCUGGGCAAUAAAAGUGUGUUAUCCAUCUGACCUGCUCUUCAUUGAGGAGUUUUAUAAAUCAUUCCAUACCACCAUGCUAGCAAAAUUGGAUAGGGUGAGGAUUUUCUUGGCAACUAACAGACCUCCAUUACACCUGAUGAAAGCCACGAGCGCAGAUGAAGAGAUGGAAGCAGGUACGAGUACGAGUGACUAUCCAGAAGAAGAAAUCUCAACAAGAGAAAAUACAAAAACACAAAACAACAAAGAUGAGGGACAAUGUGACCAGGACGAGGAGGACGAGUGUAGAGAAGAAGAGGAUGCUGAAGGAAAUGACAGGGAAUACGCAAGUUCUGGGAAAUGGGAAGCGUUCCAGGAUGACAGUGAACCUGAGUCGUUUUCUACAGGUCAAGAGGAAGGUUUGGAAUCAGAUAAGCAGGUAUCUUGUCAGAAGAUUUGGGAAUCCAAGUUUUUCCCAUCCCCUAGCAAAGAGACUCACAACUUCAUGGGUCAUAAAAUCAUUAUAGUGGAGUCGAUUGAUUCUUACGGCGCCAUGAUUUGGCCUGCGGCAGUAGCUCUUUGUAAAUUCCUGGAAACACCAGAGGGGAGGCAACAAAUUAAUCUACUAGACAAAACAGUUCUGGAGAUUGGAGCUGGAACCGGUCUACUCUCGAUUGCCCUAACCUUGCUCGGUGCCAAAUUAACAGCCACUGAUCUACCAGAAAUCUUGAGCAAUCUGAGAUAUAACCUCAAUCGGAAUACCAGGGGUCUGCGCAGACACGAGCCACAAGUAAAAGAAUUGUCCUGGGGUUUCGAUUUAGAGAAACCAUUCCCUCGCUCCUUACAUCACUACGACUACGUGUUGGCAGCUGACGUGGUUUACCAUCACAGCUACUUAGACGAGCUCCUAGCCACAAUGGAUCAUUUCUGCCAACCCGGCACCACUCUCAUCUGGGCCAAUAAGAUACGCUAUCCAUCUGAUCUGACUUUCUUAGAAAACUUCGAGAACAUUUUCCAGAGCACACUACUAGCAGAGCUGGGGGAAAUACGGAUUUAUAGCGCAACAUGUAAACGUUAAGAUAAGAAAAAUUUAAAAAAGGAAAGAAUACGAUGGAGAAUUUUGGAACUGUUGAUACUGCGUAUGGCUUGUAAGUUUCCUUUUUUGUGCACUUGACAAGAAAAAGAGGAGACAGAAUACCAGUGGGGAAAAAAUGGAAAACUUUCUACACACUCUGAAUAGAUUAAUUGCUGUGACAAAUGAUGUGCCGGAAUUGGCGAACCAUUACAUGUUAAUCGAUGUUAUGAAUAACCAGAGAUGGAUAGAGUAAAGCAGCCACUAUAGUAUUUAAUCUUUAUAUAACAUGAGACUAGUAAAUGAUGUAUAUAAAUCUUGGUUUACAAUCUAAGACAAUAGUAAGACUUGUAGGUGUUGCAUGGUAAAUUAUGCCAUUUGCAUUGAGUUACAGUACUUUGUUUUAUGCUUUGAAAUGUGAGAACAUGCACAUGCACCAUUUGGUGGAAUUAUUUCAUUAUUUUGCAUUAUGUAAUGCCAAUGGUUUUAUAAAAUAUCAUUUUUAUAUACAAAAUACAAAAAUAUACAAAGUCCGUUCAAGUCAAACCAGGACUUGUGAUCAAAUCGUUCGUGAAUGAAAGCUAAACUGAAAGAUCAACUGAUAUUGUGGAUAUUAACAGAAGACUUCAAGUUCUUCCGUCUUCGGCACGGAGACCAAGCUGCAAUAAAACAUUUAAAUGGCGCAAACAUUUGCCUGUGCAUCAGUGUAGAAGGGGAUAAUAUAGCAAAGUAAAGGCGAUUUUUACUCUCAUAACUGUGCUUUAUAAUUCUACACAAUCAAAAGUCCCGGUUUGACUUGAACACCCUUUGUAUAUUUAAGACUGACUGCACGCUAUAUGCGUGACAUUUCUUAACGUGCAAUAAACACUUGUGAUGUACACUACUAUAGGGUUUGAGAUCAAUGUUGGGAAAGUGAUUUCUUAUCUUAAUUCAGUUCAAUCUGUACUGUGCUUUUAAUCACUGGCU